AUGGACGAGAUUGCCAAGGAGUACGAUGUCAUUGUUCUCGGCACAGGUUUGACCGAGUGCAUUCUCUCUGGCGUGUUGAGUGUUAAGGGGAAGAAGGUUCUGCACAUUGACCGUAACGACCACUACGGAGGAGAGGCCGCGUCCCUCAACCUCGAAGCGUUAUACAAGAAGUACGGAAACUACCAGAAGGGUCAGGAGCCAUGGACGAAAUACGGCCGUGUGAAUGACUGGAACAUCGACCUCGUUCCCAAGUUCCUCAUGUCCUCGGGCGAGCUCACCAACAUCCUCGUGUCGACCGACGUUACCCGAUACCUCGAGUUUAAGCAGGUUGCCGGGAGCUUUGUUCAGCAGGGUGCCGGUUCCAAGGCCACAGUCGCCAAGGUCCCUUCAGAUGCGGCGGAAGCUCUCAGGUCGCCCUUGAUGGGCAUCUUUGAGAAGCGCCGAAUGAAGUCGUUCAUCGAGUGGAUUGGCACCUUUGAUAUCAAGGACCCUGCCACACACAAGGGUCUCGACAUCAACAAGUGCACCAUGAAGGAUGUUUACGACAAGUUUGGCCUCGAGGCUGGAACCCGAGACUUCAUCGGCCACGCCAUGGCCCUCUAUCCUACCGACGGCGAAUACAUCGACGUUCCCGGCAAGGCACCCGAGGCCAUCGAGCGCAUCCGCCUCUACGGUAACUCUGUCGCCCGCUACGGAAAGUCCCCCUACAUCUACCCUCUCUACGGUCUCGGAGAGCUUCCUCAAGGCUUCGCCCGCCUCUCUGCCAUCUACGGAGGUACCUACAUGCUUAACACCCACGUCGACGAGAUCCUCUACGAGGGUGAUAAGGCUGUUGGCAUCAAGGCUACCAUGGCGGGUGCCGAUGGCAUGAGCUUCGAGACCAAGUCCAAGAUGAUCCUUGGUGACCCCUCUUACUUCCCUGGCAAGGUCAAGGUUGUCGGCCACGUCCUCAGGGCCAUUUGCAUUCUUAACCAUCCUCUUGCUGGCACGAGUGACAGCGACUCUUGCCAGUUGAUCAUUCCUCAGCACCAGGUCGGCCGCAAGAACGACAUCUACAUUGCCACCGUCUCUUCUUCCCACAACGUCUGCCCCAAGGGUUACUGGAUCGCCAUCGUCUCCACGAUUGCCGAGACUUCCGCCAACCACCACCUCGAGCUCCAGCCCGGUCUCGAGAGGCUCGGCAAGAUUGAGGAGCAGUUCAUGGGACCCCCUAUCCCCAUCUACGAGCCGCUCGAGGAUGGCUCCAAGGACCACAUCUAUAUCUCCAAGAGCUACGAUGCCUCCAGCCACUUUGAGACUACGACGGACGACGUCCAGGAUAUCUACCGCCGCUGCGCUGGAGAGGAGCUCGUUGUCGAGGGCCUCAGGGAGGGUAUCAACGUUGAGGAGUAA